AUGCAGUUCAAUAGCGCCGCCGCUCGUCCCGCGGUGUCGCAGGGCCGCCACCGGUGCGCCAUUGCGGUGAAGCGCAACGUACAGUACCUCUUUGUAGUGGUACCGAAGCCAAAGCCUCCGCCAAGGGUUGAGCUUGAGCCGCUCAUGUUCUUCGAAACCCUCCCUCCCACGACGCCAGCCGCACCGGAUCCUCAAGAGACCGAAGCCAUGUAUAUGCCAAAGCGGGACAGUUUGGAGGACUCCAUUGCAAUACCACUCGAAGUGAACGGAAGCGGCCAGUUGGGGCGCUCGCUGGCGUUCCCAGCGACGGAGUUCGCCUCUCUCGCAGAGGCGCAGCAGCAGUGCGGCCCCUUCACGUCUUUCCAUGAGUACCCGGCGCUGUUUGGGUGCCUCAUAAUUGACAAGGUGUACGUGCUUGUUGCCACAGGCGUCACAGCCGCGGUACCCUUGCCCUUUGCGGGUGCCAUCUACAAUGUGACGGGGACGGCGUGGGUGCCGUUCGAAAUACCUGGAGUGGUGCCGGUGCACGUGAGCCCGACGGACCGGGUACGGCUGCGUGAGUUUCAGGAGUGCGCGUUUUGCAAAGGCUACUACUACACUGACGACGUGAACGUCAUGCUACCCUUCCCGUUCACGAAGCCAGCGAACUGUGCGCCACCGGACAUGGCCUGCGACUGGUCCUACCACCUCCGCGAGUCGUUCUCUGCCUGCUCGCUGGCGGCGGCGUGCUCUGUGUUGGUGCGCGGCUUCGCCGGAGAGCGCGUCUGCACGCUCAAGGACGGCACCGAGCUGCACCUCGUCCUCUUGGGAAGGCAAAGCAACAUCAAUCCUGGUCCACGGUACCUCAGUCGUGGCCUUAACGCGGCAAACGGCGCCGGCAAUGACCACUACUACGAGUACAUUCUCUGGAAGUACCACGGCCCCGACGCCGUCACCUUCACACGCCACUCCAUCCUGCGCGGCACCAUCCCGGUGCACUGGACGACGCAGAUGACCAUGUCACUCUCCGAACCGGCGAUGAUCUUCAGCAGCGACAAGGCCGAGGUCCUCCGCGGCAGCGCGACGUACUUCUCAAACAUGUUCCAGGAGCUGAAGCACUUGAUGCUGCUCGACACGAACGGCCGAACCUCGGCAAAUCCGCAAGUGCGAUGUGUUAACCUCCUCCGCCUUAACCCGAGAAGCGGCGAGGAUGUCCUGGCGCGGCACUUCCUCGAUGCCGUGCGGGCAUCAGAUGUUGUCAUCAAGCAGACGUUCCCAGGCGGCAGCCUCGACCUCGUCCACGUUGACUGGCUAAACCUCAUCAAGGAGUACGGCAUCGACGUUGCCACCUCUACCUUCUGGGAGGCAUCAAUGGGAUUCCUCGGCACCGCGUCCACAGCUGAGGAUUCGAUGAUGACGGUGGGUAUGAUUCACCGCACCGGCCAGGUGGAUCGCCUAAUCACGCAGUCGCGCUUUGUGCGUGUCAACUGCGCCGACUCGCUCGACCGAACGAACCUCGGCUGCUUCUUCACGUGCCUGCAACUCUCCAUCGCCAUGCUCAUCACCCAACGUAUUCCGUACGGUAGCUUUCAAGAGAGCCCGCCUGUGCCUCGGCUGGACGCGUCUGACGAGGUCGGUCAGGAAGGUGGGUACGCGGCGGCCUUUGCGCCGAUGUCGGGCGCGAAGCAGACGGUGCCGAAGCCGUUUGUGAACACGUGGAACGAAGCCCGCGAUCCACAAUGCAUUCCGCCCGUCAUGGUCCGCGCGCUAGCGGAGCUGUUUGUGAACAAUGGCGACUGUGUGGCGAUGCUGUACACGAACUCGGCAGCCAUGCACGGUAACAUUCUGCGUGGUGUGUGCGGCAUGCGACUGCAAGGGCACAACGCUGUGAUUGCAACACAGCGCAAGUUCGAGAACGUCUUCGAGGACCGGAAGAAGCUGCGCGGUAUCGAGCUGCUGCUGGGGCGAAACCAGGGUGAUCACUUUCCCUCUAUUAGCCCGGUAUUCCUUCUGCGUCCAGUGCCGUAUACGCAGUGGGCGUGCGCCCUUGUUGCCCUCGGUGUUCCCGAUAACGUCCCCACGAGCGAGGUGGACUUGGCGGUGCGGCGUUCGUGGGACACGCGCGUCAAGCCACAGCUCGCCGCGCUCCAGCUGCCACCCAUUGAGAGCAAGGCGCUGGUCUUCACCGUCACGCUAUCAGCGGUGUCGACGAUGCGCGAGGGGGACGAGGUGACGCAGUCCGUGCAGCAAUCCUCCUUCCGCGGGAUGCCGCCGGAGGAGGCAGUGGAGGGCUCGUCGCCGGUCAACGGCACACCUCCCCCGCGAAAGGAGCGGCUUGCCAUCAUCGAAUUCGACCCCAAUCUGUGUAUCGUUGUAGACGCGGCGGGCUUACUGCGGCAGCAGGGUUUCCUCUCGCUUGGCAACAGCAACUGUGUCCUUUCCCCGUAUGCGUACCCUGUGCUGACGGCGAACGACUCCAACAGGAUGACUGGCGCCGUCAAAAACGUUGGUACAUCGCUCAAGCGCGGGUUCACCAGUUUGAUGCGCGGGCUCAACUGA